AUGGAUUCACACUGGUUUUCAGCACUUUUUGACGGGGAUUAUGAUAGCGUAAUGAAUAAUAUUGUUGAUUAUGGUAAUUAUGGUAAUUCUUCUGUAAACAAUGGAGAUUGCAGAUCCUUCAUAGUAACAAUUUAUCUGAGUAAUCACAGUUCUGAUAAUGACGACGACAACAAUGAUGAUGACCAUUCAUAUGAAGAAGGAUGGAUGCAACGAUAUUUUAGAGUCUUUACUUUAAACUUGAAAACUAAUAUGGGUUACAGGGGUUAUGAUAAUGUAAUGAAUAAUGUUGCUGAUUAUGUUAAUUAUGGUAAUUCUUUUGUAAAUAAUGGAGAUUGUAAUGGUAAUCACAGUUCUGAUAAUGACGACGACGACCAUUCAGAUGAAGAAGUUCUGAUAAUGACGACGACGACCAUUCAGAUGAAGAAGUGCAUUUAUUUAAAUGUAAGUGAUUAUUUUUGGCAGUUAGGAUGCGGAGCGGCAGGGGUGGAUUUCCUGGCGGCCGUCGCUUCUUUUCCUAAACCUGAUGACAAGAUCCGAAGCACUAGCUUGAAGGUGCAAGGAGGUGGAAAUGCGGGGAAUGCGUUAACAUGUGCUGCUCGUUUGGGUUUGAAUCCCAGGCUCAUUUCCAAGGUUGCUGAUGAUAUUCAAGGCAAGGGAGUUUUGGAGGAGCUAGAAUCCGAUGGUGUUGAUACUUCUUUUUUUGUGGUUUCCAAGGAGGGAAAUUCACCAUCUACGUAUAUUAUUGUUGACAAUGAAACGAAAACCCGUACCUGUAUUCAUACUCCAGGAUAUCCUCCCAUGAUACCAGAUGAACUUUCCCGGUCAAGCCUUUUAUCUGCAUUGGAUGGAGCAAGACUUGUUUAUCUUGAUGGAAGGUUACAUGAAACUGCCUUAGUCAUUGCAGAAGAGACAGCUCGCAAAAAUAUACCCAUUUUGAUUGAUGUGGAAAGAAAGAGAGAAGGGCUGGAUGAUCUUCUGCCGUUGGCUAGUUAUGCUGUAUGCUCAUCAAAAUUUCCACUGGUAUGGACAGAGGCACCAUCUAUUUCAAGUGCACUUGUUUCCAUGCUUCUGAGAUUGCCGAAAAUCAAAUUUGUGAUUGUGACCUUGGGUGAAGAUGGAUGUGUAAUGCUUGAGAGAAGCACAGAAGAGGCUCCUGCAUCAGAAGAAAAGGAUGUAGAUAGCUUGUUGGAGUCACUGAAGCAGAGAAAGGAUGAUAACGUAGCCAUCCCAACAUGUUAUGCAUCACCACUGACAAAGAUAAGAGCAAACGGUAUAGGGACAGUGAAUGGGAGGUUGCUUGUGGGAACAGCUGAGAAGAUACCACCACCAGAACUUGUCGAUACGACCGGUGCUGGAGAUGCUUUUAUUGGUGCUGUUCUUUAUGCUAUCUGCGCCAACAUGCCUCCGGAGAAGAUGUUACCAUUUGCUUCUCAAGUGGCAGCUGCUGGCUGUAGGGCCUUGGGAGCUCGAACGGGUCUCCCGCACCGCACUGAUCCACGCUUGGCAGCCUUCUUGCACUAGAGCUCUCAUAUUGUGUACACCAUUUGUCAUUAUCCGUUAUAUGAACUUGUAAUCAACUUGAACCAUGGCAACGUUCCAUGUCAAAGCUUUCAGUCCUUAGCAUAAGGACUGGAAUUAAUGCUCAAAGACCUGCUGAUCUAGUAAAGUUGAUAUUGAUUGUCAAAGUGA